AUGUACUCGGAGGUCAAUGAAAAAAGUGGGUGAAGGUAACCCCUGCGUGUAGUCUAUCAGUGUAGCCUUUUCUAAACAAUGAUAAAAAACAAACCUUUGUGUAUUCAAACGUAAGAAUCAAUUUUCAAACAAGCCAAGUGAAAACAGAAACAACCUUAACACUCACAAAAACACAUUCUGUCAAGAGCUUUUCCAAUCCAUCUCAUGCCAAUAACCCUUCCAAGACUCAAAUGUAUUUCACUCUUAAAUUCUUUACCCAAACAAACCUCAAUAAAAAACAACAACAACAACAUUAAACAAAUCCACGCCCAACUAAUCACCAGCAACCUCAAUUCCCCCAAACUCUUGUCCCAAUUAAUCAACCUUUACUCUUCCACUUCUACAAACCCUAACUUCCUCAAUUCCAUCUUUUACUACUUACAUACCCCACAUUUGUUCCUCUUCAACACUCUCAUUAAAUGCACCCCCCUUAACCACUCUAUUCACUUUUUCAAAACCAACUUCUCUAAACAACUGUUUCAUUUCGAUCACCGCACUUUCAAUUUCAUAUUUGGAGCUUGUGCUCGUUCCCCUUCAUAUACAACGUUAAUAUUAGGAACAGAACUACACUCCUUAAUUAUAAAACAAGGUUUUGAAACUUCCAAUGUUUUAGUUCCAACUACUUUAAUUCAUUUUUAUGCUAACAAUAGAGAUGUUAAGUCAGCACGUAAGGUGUUUGAUGAAAUGUCUGAGAGAACUGUCGUCACGUGGAAUGCUAUGAUUGCUGGUUAUUGUUCGGUAAAAGAUGGAAAUCAGAAAAAUGCUGUGGAUGGGCUGUGUUUGUUUAAGGAAAUGUUGAGUGAUGUUAGACCGAAUGAUACUACCGUGGUUUGUUUGCUUUCUGCGGCUUCUCAGUUAGGUAUGAUGGAAAUUGGUGUUUGCUUACACGGGUUUGCGGUGAAAAUGUUGUGUAAGGUUGAAGAUGAUGUGUUUAUAGGGACGGGACUUGUUGAUAUGUAUUCAAAAUGCGGGUGUCUUGAGAGUGCUUUGUAUGUUUUCUGGCAGAUGAAAUUGAGGAACGUUUUGACUUGGACUGCGAUGACUACCGGGCUAGCUAUUCAUGGGAGAGGGGAAGAGGCGUUGGGGAUUUUGUAUAAGAUGGGAGAUGAUGGCGUGAAGCCGAAUGAAACGACUUUUGCGAGUUUGUUGUCGGCUUGUUGUCACGCAGGGCUCGUUGAAGAAGGGCUUCGGUUGUUUCGUGAUAUGGAACGGAAAUUUGGUGUGGUGCCUCAGAUACAACAUUAUGGCUGUGUUGUUGAUCUUCUUGGAAGGAAUGGAAACUUGAACGAGGCUUAUGAUUUUAUUGUGGCAAUGCCGAUUAGUCCGGACACUGUGAUUUGGAGGAGCUUGCUCAGUGCUUGUAAGAUUCAUGGGGAUGUUGUAAUGGGAGAGAAGGUGGGGAGGUUUCUUCUAAAGUUUAAAGAGAAGAGUUAUGAGGAGUUUGCUCAUAAGAGUGAAGAUUAUGUUGCUUUGUCAAAUGUCUAUGCUUCAGCAGAAAGAUGGAAUGAUGUUGAAGUUGUAAGGAAGAAAAUGAAGACUAAGGGUGUCUUUAAUAAAUCCGGUCUUAGCUCAGUUCAAACUUUGAGCAAUGAUUCAUUGUAAUUAACAAUUGAUAUUGGAUUAUUUUAUGGAAGAAAAGUAUGUUAGCAAGACAAUAAUUUUGAAUAAACGAUUAUAUUCCGCUAUUCGCAAUUUGUUGUUGGACCGUGCCAUACACUUCUUAAGCGGGCAGUGUUGCUGCUCUGAGCAAAGAUAGACUCAUAGACAUUUCAAAAUGAUCCCAGUUGCAUUUUAUAUACUUCAUUUUUUGAAAUUUUACAGCUAUAAAGAUACGAGACUACCACAAUAAUUAGAUAAGCAAUUGUAUUUUUGUUUUGUUUUGUUUUGUUUGCAAUGACCU